AUCUGAAAGUGGAAGUGACCUUGCGCGUAAUUCGAAUUGUAACGUGUUUUCCGUUCAGGAUUUAUUUACCUGUUGUUGUCCUCUCUGGUUCGACCAUCUAACAGAAGGAGCAAAACACACGGCGAAAACAUCAUAUCGUGUUUUCUAGAUGACAAUACUGUUGGACUGCCUGCCUCGAAGCAUUGCUGCUAAUGUGAUAAUUCACUAAUUGUCAGUUUAAACGUAGAAUUCCACGUUUUCUUCCUUUCUUUUUAAGUCUACAUUACAUAAAUUAAUUAUAAUUGUUAUCGUUAUGGUGGUUGUCCUUUUUGUUUUCGGUGUUACUGGCCGAAUAAUGAGUGAAAGGACUAACUCCAUCCACAGUAGCAACAGUGUUAACACACCUCUUUCUAUAAACUACAUAUAAUUAAUUCCAGCACCACUCCUUUUGGAGUCAACCAAAGGUACGGUAGUCGAGUGGCGUGGUGAACUACACCAACCAUUGCCGAAGACCAAGAACCCUUACCUCACAAUCAAGAAGCGAGUACAAAAAGAUCAAAUUGAUUUACGCUAACUCGUAAAAGUGAUAUUAGAUAUUGGAACCUAUUUCAAACUAAUAUACAACCAAAAUUUGCGGGUGCAUUGAUGGGAUUGUGCAAAGAUGCAUAAUUAGACCAGAGUCUUUACCUUGUGUCAUUCACCAAAAGAUGGAUGUACAUUGUAUCACUCAAUCGAUCGGAGAGUUUCAAAUAACCUCAGAUAAACAGAAUACUGAUGUAGGCGAUUAUCUUUUGGGUGAUGAAUUUCCGAAGUCAUGGAACAUAGACAAAUUGAGCCUGCCUCCAAAAUCAAUACCCUUACUUAAAUACAAACUGAUAGAUGAUGAAGAAAAGAGCGUUUCACUUUCCACAAGUCAUAUUUAUGCUAAUGCUCCCCUUUCAAGAAGUAAUACACUACCUGCACAAUUUAAAUCCCUUAAAUGUCUAACAAAAGGAAAUUCAAAAACUGUUUAUGAAGCAACUUUAAGAGUUACAACCGAAGGUGGAUUCAAUUUUUCACCUGGUGACAGUAUCUCCAUAUUUCCAGAAAACGAUCCACAUACGGUGUCAUGGUUGUUAAACCGCCUAGAUCUAGACAGUCUAAAGAAUGCAGAUACACCUUUUAUUGUAGAAGCUGUGGAUAAUACAAAAGCGCGAAAUCUUCCGUCUUGGUUAAUUUCUGGUCAUUCAACUUCACUGCGGUUUUUGUUAACAUAUUGCUGUGAAUUGUACAUACCGAUAAGUCGUCGGAUUUUGAGAAUUUUGGCCGACUACUGUGUUGUUAAUGAUAAAACUAAUUCUAUUAGUUUUGACAGACAACGAAACCGACUGUUAGAGUUUGCAAGUCAAGAGGGAAAGAAUAUGUUUGAAGUGUACAUUUUAAAGCCACAACUCAAUCUCUUGGAUAUUCUGUACAUGUUUCCAGCCUGCCGACCGCCUUUUAUUCACCUAUUAGAAAUUCUACCACGUCUUCAGCCGCGCGCGUAUACACUUAUUAAUUUAUAUGAUGAAUCAUCAUUAUCCGUCGAACAAGAUUUAACGUUUAUUUUCACCAGAGUAGACUUUGAAUAUAAUAACAGCAAUAAUAAUAGCAACGAUUCUGUAAGCAGAUUGCGUUACCCGCAUAGACAUCAUGGCACAUGUAGUGGUUGGUUAGAAAGACAAUGGUUCAGUGUUAACCGACCUGUUAUUGGUGAUGAUGAUGAUGGUGAUCAACAUCAUCGCAUGGAAGAGAAUUCUUCCACACGCAUAGGCGAACCGAUUAUCCAGAUAUAUUUACGUCAAAAUUUAACACAAUUUUACCUACCUGCCAAUGAUGGUGAUAACGAUGCCCAACGACCAGUGAUUAUGAUUGGUGCUGGCAGUGGAAUAGCACCGUUUAUCAGCUUUAUAAGACAACGUAAACGUGACUACCAUGAGACGGGAUCAUCAACCAAUAACUUAUGGUUAAUCUAUGGAUGUCGUUCUCCAACAACCAGCCUUCUAUUCAAAGAAGAAUUAUCCGACGCUGUCAAUGCCAAAUUGUUAAGCCAUUUAUGCCUAUGUUUCUCUAGAGAUACUGUUAAUUCACCAGAUGACAAAUAUACUCUUGCUGACUUGCCAUCAGUAUUACGCGAACAAGCUUGUUUCCCCUUGAAAUCACAUUAUGUUCAAGAGUGUAUCUACCAUUCUAACUCGUCUGAGAAUACUCCAUCUGAGCAUGGUAUUGAAUUAAUGCAUCUUGUUUAUGAUCACAGCGCAAAGAUAAUGGUUUGUGGUGAUGCACGUGGUUUAGCGCCAGGUGUUUUCCAAGCUUGGAUUAAGUUAUUAGCUAUGAAACUUCAUUGGGUACAAACAAAUACUUGGUGUACAUAUGCUGAGUUAUCUAGUGAAGAAUUGAAAAACGCUCAGGUGUAUCUGCAAGAAAUGCGUAAAUUUAAACGCUAUCAAGAAGAUAUUUGGUUGUAAAUGCUGGUGGUUACUUUGUUGCUCUGUACAAAUGAAAGCAUAAUAAUAAUAAUUAUAAUUUUUUAUAGAUUGCUUCAAUUUGUGCAUAUUUUUUCAAUUUUCUAAUGAACCUCUCGCUAUAUACAUCGAAAAGCUGGAGCUGUGUGUUCAAAAGAAACUAGUCCAGCCUCCACAACUACCAUGGACCACCUAGUUCGGUAUGUUCCCUUAUCCUUCAGUUUAUUUUUGUUUUGUUCUCUGUGUGCGUAAUUUUCUCUCUUUGUUUUCAUUCAAUUCAUCCCAUUUCUUUUUUCAGUUAUAAAAUCCGUUAUUUUAAGUUUGUCUCCAUGCUCCUCUUCCUGACCACGCUUGUAAUUUGUUUAGAAUAACCAUUUUACAAUUAUAUUCUAAUCCUGUGUAAUUUUUUUGUUUCUAUGCCUCUUGUAAUCUAUCUAUAUUCACACCUCCUAACUUACCAUUUCAAGUGGAAAAUUUUGAUUUCAAUUUGUUUCCAUGCUCAUUUUGUAAUUCGUCCUAUCCCUGUGUAAGUUUUUGUCUCUAAGCUUCUUGUAAUUCAUACCAAGUUGAAAAUAAUUGUCACCUUUUAUUCGCCUUUACAAUUAUUUCUCCAGUUAUUAAAUGUCAACUUUGCAUAUGUUGUAAUUGUUUUCUAAUCCUAUGCAAUCUUGUCUCCAUACCCCCUUGUAAUCUAUAUUCGUACCUUCAAACUUUCAUAUCAAGUUGAAAUUAUUAUCGCCUCCGUUGGUAUGUGGAAUUAAAUAAAAAUAAUAAUUGUAUCCACGUAAACUAAUCUAUAUAAAUGCGAUUGUACAGCUGCUUUUGAAAAAUUAAAUCGCUGAAAAGAUAUCUGUGUUGCUG